AUGUCGUCAUCAGAUGCUCCUAACAAAAAUUAUACAUUUGAAAUUAAAUUUGGUCCCUACCAUCAAAAAGUAAACAUUAAAAUGGACCGAUUUAAUCUAACAAUGAAUACGUUACGCGAAGUAGCUAUGAGAUUUAUUGAAACAAUGUGUCCCGAUCAGGAUAUAAAGUUUUUACACAAUAGAAUAUUAUUAUUUCGAUAUGAACCAUCAUCAUAUUCAAGAAUAAUACCACUCAAUCCAAGAGACAUUCUUGUUCCGGAUACAAUUGUUGAAGUACUUAUAUCACCGUACAUCAUGAAUGAAUAUGGUGGUCUUGUUGCGCAUGUACUCAGUUUGCACACUUAUUUAUCACCAACAUUUUGUGAUUUAUGUGGACAAUUUUUAUUCGGUCUCUAUAAACAAGGAAUGAAAUGUGAAGGAUGUAGUCGUAAUUUCCAUAAACGAUGCGUAUCAGAUCUACCUGAUAACUGUUCGCCUAUGACAAGAAAGAUAUCUGAUGUGGCAUGUUCACAUAAUGAUACUAUUGUCGAUGAUCUAAAAAAACGUUUAACAGUAACUGGCGUGGAAAUAGCAACAGCAUUACCACAUUGCUUUUAUGUACACAGUUAUCGUUCACCAACAAUAUGCCAUAUCUGUAAACGUCUAUUAAAAGGUCUCGUUAAGCAAGGAUACCGCUGUAAAGAUUGUAAAAUGAGUGUACAUAAAAAAUGUAUACCAAAAGCGAUGAAAAAUUGUCGAGGAACACCAGUACAAAAUAGUAACCAGGAUGAGGAUGAUGCAUCACGCGAGACAAUUGAUGAUUUAGCAGUGGCUGAAAAAUUACAAAGUUUAUCUGGUUCACCAACAAAUGCACAAGCAGACGAAGACGAUGAUAAUGAAAAUUCUCGUCAUGGAAACAUUCGUGCUCAACGACUUGUUCAGAGCAUAAAACAUAUAAAAAAGGCUAAUGGCGGGGCUCUGUUUUGGGAAGGUUGGAUGGUACAUACAACAGAUAAAGAAAUCUUAACAGAAAAAAAAUAUUAUUGGCGUGUUGAUGCUUCAUGCAUAACAAUGUAUCCGAAUGAAACAACAAAUAAAUUUUCUCGCGAAAUAGUAUUGGAACAUGUUUUAUUACAAUUAAAUACGAAUGAUGAUAGAGGACAUUAUUUUGAAAUAAGAACUCAGCAAAAUAUUUACUAUUGCGGAUGUAAACGAGCAAGAAAUAGAAAAUAUGACUUAUCACAUUCAUCCCAGCAUGCAAGAAAUGCUUAUACACAAAUCAGACAAGCACUAUUAGCUUAUAAUAAUGAUGGAAGUGAAAUAAAAAAUGUAUUUACAAUAAUUUCAUCACGAUCACAAAAUCGGGAUAUUAAUGAAUUAUAUAGAAUAAAUCCAAUUGAAGUACUUGGUAGUGGACAAUUUGGAACAGUAUAUGGAGGUCAUUCAUUGGAAAACAAUGAACAAGUUGCAAUUAAAGUUAUUGAUAAAACACGUUUUAAUGAACAAGAAGAGAAAAUCCAUCAUGAAGUUGAUAUUUUACAAGAAGUAUCACAUCCAGGUGUGAUUAAAUUGCAUGCAAUGUUUGAUACACCAGGAAAAUUUUAUUUGGUAAUGGAAAAAUUAAACUCAGAUAUGCUUGAAAUGGUUUUAUCGCAGCCAACAAAACGGCUUAAUGAACGACAAGCAAAAUUUUUAAUUUAUCAAGUUCUUGUUGCAUUAAGAUAUUUACAUAGCAAAUCAAUUGUACAUUGUGAUUUAAAACCAGAAAAUAUUCUAUUGGCUCAAUCACAAGAUUUUCCACAAACAAAAUUAUGUGAUUUUGGUUUUGCCAGAAUUAUAGGAGAACGAUCAUUUCGUCGUUCUAUUGUUGGAACACCCGCUUAUCUACCUCCAGAAGCAUUAAAACCUGAAAUUCGACUGGAAAAAGGUUAUAAUCGUUCAUUGGAUAUGUGGUCAUGUGGUGUCAUUAUUUAUGUUUCGUUAAGUGGUACUUUUCCAUUUAAUGAAGACGAAGAAAUAGAAGAUCAAAUUCGGAAUGCGAAUUUUAUGUUUCCAGAAGAUCCAUGGAAAGAUAUAUCUAGUGAAGCUUUACAUUUUCUCGAAAGAUUGUUAGAAUUGGAUAGUAAAAAACGAUUGCAUACUAAUAAAGUCUUCUUACAACCAUGGCUUCAGGACUAUCAAUUGUAUUGUGAUUUACGAAAAUUGGAAGAUUCAUGCACUCAUGAACGUUGGUUAACAUUACCUGAGGAUGAUGAUAAAUGGGAAAAAUAUGCGAAAGAAAGUGGCUUAUUAUCAGCUGAAUUACCGUUACCAGUAACACUCCUAAAAACGAACGAAAUUUUGCAAGCGGUUAAUCAGUCUUAA